UUUUUGAGUGUUCUACCAUUCGGAUUAUGAUAAGCUACUAGAGCUACUUUUCUGGUUCUCUGCAUAAACAUUUUCCAGGUUUAUCUGUAUAAUCAAAGGAAAAAAGUUGUCUGGAAUAUGGCAGCGGCAACAAUGCCUGCUGGGUUCGCCAUUUUCAUGCUUGCAACCACAGUCUUGAUCAUCAUCCAUGCUUCUCCUAUCUUCGGAAAAGAGGCUAUUGUACAGAUCCCAUUCAGUUACAUGGGUGCCACGGGCCCCAGCAAAUGGGGAAGCUUGAACCCCGGCUUCUCAGAGUGCUCAACAGGUAAAUCACAGUCGCCAAUCGACAUUCCAAAGGGAAAGGUUGUUCUGAACAAGAAAUUGAAACCGCUGACCAGAGAAUAUAGUUACAUCAAUGCUACCUUCGUCAACAAUGGUUUCAACAUUGGGCUGCGAUGUGGUAAAAAUACAAACUUACUGAUUUCAGAUGGCAAGGCUUACAAAUUCAGUCAGCUGCUUUGGCAUUCUCCUUCUGAGCACAGAAUUGAUGGAGUUCAAUACGAUGCUGAACUUCACCUUGUUCACAGUGCUGAUGAUGGCUGCAUUGCAGUCAUAGGUAUCCUCUACCAUCUUGGACAUCCUGAUCCGCUAAUUGCUAAGGUGCAGAAUAAAUUGUAUCAACUGGCUAAAGACAUGUCCGGAGUUAAAGAGGGAGGUCAGGUUGCGCUUGGGACCUUCAACAUGCAUCAACUCAGAAAAAAUGCCCGCAAGUAUUAUAGGUAUUCUGGUUCUCUCACUACUCCUCCUUGCAACCAGACUGUAGCCUGGUACAUCCUUGGCAAGGUGAGACCAAUAUCACCAGAGCAAGUUCAAGCUCUCAAAGCACCAUUAGGUUGGGCGUACAAGAACAAUUCAAGACCAGUGCAACCACUCAAUGGACGACUAGUUGAGCUAUAUGAAGAGGUGAUCCCAGUCCUGAAUUUGAAUCCAUUUUAACUUGCUGAGUGCCUUGCAAGGUUUUCAGCACAUAUAUAUAUAUAUAUAUGUUGGUGAGGAGAGCAAGAGGCUUUACUAUAUUGUUGUGAUGAGAUUUUGUUGAGAAAUUGCAAAAGCUUGAGGUGCAGAGAGCAAGAGUUCUAAAGCAUAUCACUAAUAAAUAGAGAAGUUUAAGCACGUGCGUGUUUAUAAUGAAUGAUUCCUUUUGCGCA